AUGGGGAGUAGUUUUCAAGGAGCAGAUCAUUUAGAUGAUACCAUUGAUCUGGAUUCAUCUGCAGUGGAGAAAGAAACCCCAUUUUUGGAGUCCUUUAAGUCUGGAGGAUAUGACGGCUUUGCUCAAGUGAAGGAUUUACAUGUGUCCGUUGAUGAUCCAGAGAAGCAUGUGGGGGGAUAUGUUAGUUACAAUGUCACAACUAAGGUAGGUAUUUACUUGUUAUGUGACAAUAAGUGGUAUAGAAAUCUACUGAAGAGAAGUUGGGAGCUAACUUCCGUUAAGAAACAGAGCCCAGGUUUAAUGAGCAGGAUGAGUGACUCUAUGCGGAACAUGGCAUCUUCAUGGAUGCUGAAAAGCAGAGAGCCUGAAUUUCAAGAAAUGGCUGAAUAUACUAAGACUUUUAGGGAAAAGAUGUUGGCUUUAGAGGCUAUUUCUGACAAAAUAGCAAAGGAUAGAUUUGAUCUUCUUGAAGUGUACAAAGAGUACAUACCGAUCUUCAACCUGUGGGCAGAUGCUGAGUCCAAGCUUGCUGAUCCAUUACAUGCCAUGGCGAAUGCUUUUGACAAGAACAGCUCUGCUCUUAAAACACUGUUAAAAGCACAAGAUCCAAGAUUUAUGGAGCCCAUUCAUGAGUAUGUGCUGUACACGGAUGCUAUAAAGAGCACCCUUAAACAUCGGGACACCAUUCACAUGGAGUAUGAAGUAACUUUAGAGGAGCUUUCCAGAAAAAAGACUGAAAAAGAAGAGGUACGAAGUCGAAGAAAUAAGUCUUGUCCCUUUACUAUGCCUUAGAUCGCAACAGUAAUGGUUGGGAGGUUGGGAGAGGUGGCGUUACUUGGUAUCAUUGACCCGUUGUAGUAUUCUAUUUGUCCCAGCAUUUUCCCUUGUGACACCGCUUUGCAUUUACAGUCGAGCCUGCACCAACGACCGCCUCUUAACAUAGGCCACUUCUUUCGGUCUCGGUGGACGGUCCAUACAUUCACUUUUAAUUUAACCUCUCUACAACGGUCACUUCUCCACAACCGCAACAGCUAUUAAAAUGCAUCCCAACUGCCAAAAUAACCUCUCGAAAAGUUAACCAACGAUUGACAAAUGGUGUACAAACUACAACCUAUUUUUUAUUGUAAAAGGUCACGAAACUUGAUCUGUACCACACAUGGUUGGGUUCUGUUUGGUUUCAGUUUUAUUGAUAUAUUUUGACUGUGUUACGUAUUUGAAUGCUACAAUAAGCAUUUUUUUUGAAAA